AUGUCUUCGUCAACCGAGGAUGAUGAGCCCACGGCAUCUGGAUCACUAUCCAUGCCAUCCGCCGCGCCUUCAUCUACAGUAUCUCUGUCAAGCCCAACGCCUCCCCCGACAACUCUUGUGAUUGAACCAAAGCCAACCGACGACGAUGACCUCGCCAGCGACGGAACAUUUCCACCAAUGACAACUCCCUGGACUGGCCCGCCCGAAUGUACAUGGACAUAUGAUGCCAAUCACGUCCCGAAAUCUGGUCUCGGAGGUCUAGAGGCAAUGCUUGACCUGCAACCAAUCCCUGGUGCAAAAUCCCUGUCAUGCUAUCCGGAUGCUAUGUUCGACAAUGGUCUCACAGGAGUUUACAGUCCGGGCACAUGCCCUCAUGGGUGGACUACUGUAUCUCUACGUGUGGAUAGCAGUGAAGACCGAGAUCUCGAGACAACCACGGCUAUCUGCUGUUCCUCGCAUUAUACUCUGGAAGGCAGCCUGUCACAAACCUACGACGCUUAUGCUGAAUCCGCCACCACCUUGUACAGCGCAACGAUUGCGGUUUAUACCAUCCGGGCUCUUUUCAAGGACAGAGAUAAGGAUGCCCUUGGACUCAAAGACGAGGACGAUAUUCCAGGUCUUGAGCGAAAGAAUGACUCUCUGUCAUUGGGUGCACGAAUUGGCAUUGGUGUUGGGGUUGCGGUUUUCGUGCUGCUGGCGGUUGGAGCUCUAGCAUUUUGGCUUAUCCGUCGAGAACGAGCCAAGACGGAAAAAAGAAGACCACAUGAGCUCAAUACGGUGGGAAACAUGCGUCACAGCUCGUCAGGGACCGGAGAUAACUUCUAUGCUGCCGCCGACGCCAACCAUAGAAGAAACAGGAGCCGCGGUACUACGGAGCCUCCGCCUGCUUACGAGGCUACCGACUCAAACAGUAUGACAGAGAACGAUAGUCGUCUAAGUGAGGAUACGGCUACACGGGACGAAGAGAUCAGGGCGUUGCAAGUCCAGAAAGAAGCAAUUCAGCGCCGUCUUCAAGAGCUGGAGCGGGCUGAGACACAACCCCAGGAACAAAAUCGGCAAAACUAA